AUGGACAAUCUAGGCCAGGAUCCAGCAGUGGCAUUGGCCGAGGCGUUUAAACGAAAAGGCUAUUUGGACAAGCUCAAACUCUCAAUAUUGACGGAGCCAGCGCAUCCCGGCACACCCUGCAGUGAGAGCCUUGAACACUUGAUUAAGGGUAGAGUCCAGAAACUGAUUAGAGACAUGGUGGCCAAAGAUGAAAGUCUGCUUUUCAAAAAUCGGGGCUCGACAAGCGCGGUACUUGAAGCGCAGCUCUUCAAGUCUGGCUAUAAUGUGCUGAACGAUGGCGACCUCUGUGUGGACAAACUAAUAGACGAGAAACUCCAUGACCCUACCCUUACGGCACAGAUUACGGAACUGCUAAAGCAGAUGAAGGAAACCAAAAACGACUGA